AUGAAAUUCGUUCAAUUUAUUCUAGGUGAUUGUCCGAAUGAGAUUAGGGUUGGAUAUUUGCGUGGGCUUGGAGUGGUUGACCUGUCCUGCACGGAUUGUGCCAUGCCACGAACUAUGCUCGAACUAUUGCAGGCUGAUAUAGCUCACAAAAUUAGCCAAGUACAAGUAAACAAUCCAAGAGUUAUACCCUUGAAUAGAGUAAUAUUAAUAGCGCCUAUCACUGGAGUAGACAAGAUAUUAGGUGUCGCCUAUAACUACUCAGACCAGUGCCAAGAGCUUGGAGUGGAAGAGUCCCGUAUACCGUGUGUCUUCAGCAAAUUUCCUAGCACAAUCAUAGGACCGAACCAGGCUGUGAGAAUAAGGCCUGUUUGUGAGCAAGUGGGUUGGCAAUUAGAUCUAGCGGUUGUGAUGGGAAAGAAAGCGUGUUCCGUAAAAGCAGAUAAUGCUCACAAGUACAUUUUUGGAUACACUGUGGCUCAAGAUAUUACUGAAAAGGAGUGGCUGCUAAAUCAGAAUGGGACACAAUAUUUACUCGGAAAGUCACAAGACACAUUUUGUCCUUUGGGGCCUUAUAUCAUGACGUCAGAUGAGGCUGGUCAAGUGGAAAACCUGGCCAUGGUGUGCAGUGUGAAUGGGGAGGUUAAACAGAGAGGCAACACUUCUCAAAUGAUACACAAGAUACCAGCUCUUAUAGAGAGGAUAACUACUGUCAUGACGCUAUAUCCUGGCGACAUCAUCCUAACUGGUACGCCGGCCGGGCUUGGGGGUGUGCGCGAUCCCCCAGAGUUCCUAAAACCGGGUGACGUAAUACGAAGCGAGAUAGAAAACAUCGGUGUGUUGACGACAAAAGUUGCUGAGUUUUGA